CAGUGAUGACGUGGAUACCACUUCCUGUUUGCUUCCUGUUUUGCUUUUUGUUUCCAGUUUUUCUCAGUUUCCGUUAGUUGUGUGUUUGUUCUUUGAUUCUCCGGUGAACCGCGGGAGUCCGGCCCCGGUCAUGAGCGCCGUCAUUCCCCGCAUCGAGCAGCUCUCCGCCCGGGUGGUCCGGGUGUUGGGCUGCAACCCGGGACCGAUGACUCUGCAGGGGACCAACACUUACCUGGUCGGCACCGGGCCAAGACGUGUGCUGAUAGACACUGGAGAAUGUGCCAGGCCUGAAUACAUCAGCAGUCUGAAACAUGCUUUGACACAGUUCAACACCAGCAUCCAGGAGAUCAUCAUCACUCACUGGCAUCACGACCACACGGGAGGCGUGGAGGACAUCUGCAGGGACAUCGCCGGUUCUGACGUGCGAGUCAGCAAACUGCCUCGCACCGGGCAGGUCGGAGAGUCAGCUGGAGAGAAGAGCUACACGUACCUCAAGGAUGGAGACCUCGUCCAGACAGAGGGGGCCACGCUCAAAGUGCUGUUCACCCCGGGUCACAGCGAUGACCACAUGGCCCUGCUGCUGGAGGAGGAGCAGGCGCUCUUCUCUGGAGACUGCAUCCUGGGCGAGGGCACGGCCGUGUUCGAGGACCUGUACGACUACAUGAGAUCUCUGAAGGUCCUGCUGGACUCUCGGGCCGACCUCAUCUACCCCGGUCACGGCCCCGUGGUUCAGGACGCCGGCUCGAAGAUCAGACACUACAUCAGCCACCGGCAGCAAAGAGAGCAGCAGAUCCUGGCGGCCAUUCAGGACGGAGCAGGAAAACCCUUCUCCUCCAUGGAGCUCGUGAAGAUCGUGUAUAAGGACACCCCUGAACACCUGCACCGAGCAGCUAAUGUCAACUUGGUCCAUCACUUAAAGAAGCUGGAGAAAGAAGGACAGAUUUGCUUGGUUGAUGAGUCCUCAGAGAACAUCAAAUGGAAGAGUCACCUGUGAUGUUCACCGAGACAAUGAAGAAACGGUCGCAGGAUCUCCGGAGAAGUGGGUUCGGACGUUUUUUCCUUUCGCACAUGAGCGACGCAGCGGGAGCCUCUCUGCACAGACGCAGGCGGAGCAGCAUGCAGUGGAAUCCGUCUCAACCACCGUCGACUGUGACAGAUGAAACGUGUUUUUCUAUCCUGACCAACAUUUCACCUGCUCUCGCCUUGAUAAUUAACCUCUCUGUGACCUGUGCUGCUCACAUAUAUUUCCACUCACUCACUAGAGGGCAGUAUCUGCUAAGUCAUUUUACUGGGUGAUAAGUUGGGAAGUACAAUUUUAAGCUUUGUUGUUUUUGGUCCUGCAAAAUUAACCAAGAAGUUGUAAAAGAUGAAAUUCUAAUGUGAAUUAAGUUUAAUGUGAAUGUGUGUUUAAUUUAAAACAAUGAAUCAUCA